AUGACUCAAAGUGAGAUGAUUCUAAGUGAGAUGACUCUAAGUGAAAUGACUCUAAGUGAGAUGACUCAAAGUGAGAUGACUCAAAGUGAAAUGACUCAAAGUGACAUGACUCUAAGUGAGAUGACUCUAAGUGAGAUGACUCUAAGUGAGAUGACUCUAAGUGAAAUGACUCUAAGUGAAAUGACUCUAAGUGAGAUGACUAAAAGUGAGAUGAUUCUAAGUGAAAUGACUCUAAGUGAGAUGACCCAAAGUGAGAUGACUCUAAGUGAAAUGACUCUAAGUGAGAUGACUCAAAGUGAGAUGAUUCUAAGUGAGAUGACUCUAAGUGAGAUGACUCUAAGUGAGAUGACUCAAAGUGAAAUGACUCAAAGUGAGAUGACUCUAAGUGAGAUGACUCUAAGUGAGAUGACUCAAAGUGAGAUGACUCAAAGUGAGAUGACUCUAAGUGAGAUGACUCUAAGUGAGAUGACUCUAAGUGAAAUGACUCUAUGUGAGAUGACUCAAAUGAAAUGA